AUGGGCAACGAGUCCUCUAAGACGAAGUCCAAGUCCAAAGAGCCUAAGAAGAAGGAACCGGUCGAAUACGUCAAUGGAAAAGGCUGGGUAGACGAAGACGGCAACGUGGUGGAGGAAGAGACGGGCAAGGUGAGGAACAGGAGGGCGCUGGAGCUUGUCGACAAUGUCAUGGAAGAGCACGAGGCGAGGGAGCAGGAGCAGGCAAGAGCUGAACGAGAGGGCAGGGAGGUGGAACAGCCGGAGCUGGAAACAGAAAAGAAGGGCAAGGUGGGUGUUAUUGAAGUUCUGUGUAGGACAUGGAACGCUGACGAGGUGCAGAAGCGGAAACAUGCGGUUGUGGUACAUCAGGAGGAGACGAAGACUAGGAGCGCACAAACAGACAUAUAUGACAUACCUGGUGAGGGGAGAGAUCAGGCACCCGCGACACAAUCUUCAAUAGGGAAGAGGUCGAAUCGACAGAACAAUGGUCUACAAGAUCAGGUGGAUGCGCAGAUCGAAGCAGAACAACAUCCUGCUAAACGGAUACGAAGCGAGGGCACACAGAGCAAGCCCUCUUCUUCCAAUGACCUGCUGAAUGCACAACCUGCGAGAACGCUUAGGAAAGGCAACCCUUCAACGGAGCUACAUACCGAAAAGCCCUCCGCUACUUUCAAACCGCGCACAGCUCGACCUUGGACCGUAACGAUGGCUCUCCCUGGCAGUAUUCUCAACAACGUCGCUCGACACGACACAAAGACGCUCCUCGUAGGCCGCAUCGCCCGUGCCGCCGCCGUCUGGUGCGUCGACGAGAUCGUUGUCUACGACGAUGACCCGAACACCAUCCCCGAGAAAGUCUCAGGCUACUAUCGCAGCAAGAAGAAGACCAAAGCGGAAAUCAUGGACAGCAUCUCCGAAGCAGACAUCCCGUACCAGAACCCAGAUCGCUUCAUGGUAGGCCUGCUGGAGUACGCGGACUGCCCGCCACACAUACGCUCGGCGCUAUUCCCCAUGUGCGAGCCAUACAAGCAUGUGGGCCUGCUUCCUCCGCUCGACACGCCGUCCCACACCAAGCCGCACGAGUGGAUCCGCUUCCGCGAGGGCGUUGCCCUACCAUCCCCACCGGCUCACCUCCGCUCCAAAUCCGGCAAUCAAGAAUGGACAUACAUCAACUGCGGCCUUCCCUUCCCGGUCAAAGUCCCCUACGCCGUCCCGCAAGGCAUGCGUCUGACCGUAGAGUUCAAAGACGCACAGCCACCCUCCUGGCCGUACCUCUCCGAAUACGAAUGCGAGAGUCUCGCCGUCGAUGCUGUGGCGCCUGAAACGCCCCGCGAGAAGGAAGGGUACUACUGGGGCUAUAAAGUCCGCUACGCAGCGAGCUUCUCGAACAUCUUCAGCGAGUCUGAAUUCCCCGACGGCUACACCUUUGCAAUCGGCACGUCUGAGCGGGGCGUCCCCCUCUCUUCCAUUCUACCCGAUGCCAUCGCGCCGCGGAACCGGCCUAUAUCACACGAGAAGAAGCUGCCGGAUUCGUGCGAGCAUUUACUUGUCGUGUUCGGCGGCGUAGCAGGUCUUGAGCCCGUGGUCGCGAACGACCCCGUGCUAGGCGAGCUGAGCAAGGAAAGCGCGCACGAGGCGUUUGACUACUGGGUUAAUUUGGUGCAGGGGCAGGGAAGUAGGACGAUUCGGACGGAGGAGGCGGUUGAGAUUGGGCUGGCGGGGUUGAAGGGGUAUGUGGAUUAUCAGUAUGAGGCUCAUGCUUAG